CUUUGAUGAUGGUAUGACCUAUGUAUCAAAGGCUAAUCAUGGUCUGACCUGAGAACAACCCAGAGAGCCAUGUUUUUGUCCAUCUGGGGCUUAAGGAGGGCAAGGAGCUUGUCCAUACACCCACAAAUGGUCAGUUGGAACCAGCAUCCAUGCCAUUUGCCUCUAGGCUACCUUAGCACAAAGAGCAGCCAGGUGAAGGAGACUGUCUGGAAGCAGGACUUGGGCCAGGGAGGGAGAGAUGCCCAAUGCAGAGGACACCACCACUGCUCUGGCACAGUGCUGCCACUACGGCUUCCUCCUACAGCCACACCUGCCCACAUGCCCCACCAUGGAGGCCCUAGAUCUAUAUUACAACGCUUAUCUGACUCACAGCCCUGGGACUCGACACUGCCUCAGGCCCUGCUCAUAUUCUAUGUGUCCCCCGCCCCCCAGUGACACAGGCUUGGCUGGCAGUCUGAACAGAGGGAGCCUUGAGAAGUUUGUGCUAAUUUUGCCUGGCUGGCCUUGAACUGCCAUUCUCCUGUCUCUGCUUCCCAAGCAGCUAGUAUUACAGGUGUCUGCUACCACUGAUGCCCACCUCUUAGGACUGUAAGCCAGCGUAGGGAGGCCCUCGCCAUGCAGGGUCGGGGUGGGGGUCACACCUGCAAGCUGCCCUUCUGGAGUGGUCAGAUGAUAACUGUGCUGCAAAGCAAAGUCAGGGGCAGCCAGGGUGGAGGGCACCCAGCUUGGCUCUUUCCAGACCUGGGUUCCCACAGGGGCAGGGAUAAGAAGGCAGGGCUGACAGCAGCCUCCUGCUCCAACUCUGGGCUGUGGCUGCUCUGGUCCUACACCUGCCCUUCUUGCCCAUACUCUCCACUCCCAGGCCCAGGUGAGGGGAAGCACGGUGUUUGGGAGCCCCUUCUUCUUGGAUCUCUUGAGGGAUUAAAGUCAAAACAGAGAUCAGUUUCUCUAGCUGGUAGGAAGCAAUAGGGAGCACCAGAUCUGGGAUGUGAAAGGUAUAAACAACUGGUUACCGAGGCUGGCAGGGCUCUGAGCUCAGCCCUCAGCUGGGGUCACACUAGGCAGCCCCUGGAGCCUCUCUGGAGCUAUAGAUCUUCACAGGAAAAUCCUGGCCAGUCUCUCUGCCUCCGGGUACAGGCUCUUUGCCUCCUGGAAAGAUCUUGCCACCUGACUGUGGAACAACCCUGAAGGGGAAAAGACACCCUGCUGGCCUGAGGCCCAGUCCAAGGUCUUCCUAAGUUCCGACACCCUUGUUAGGAUGUCCAGAAUAGAGAUGGUGGGCAGAGGGCAGAAAGCAUCCCAAGAGACUGGGGCUGUCACUGCUGGAGGACAGAGCAGCCCACUGCACACCUGCUGUAGCCCCACUGGUGUCAGGGGCUGGCUGGGGCAGCCAGAGCACUCUGCUCCCUGCAGCUGUGGAAAGGUUGAGAGAGCUGGGCAGGCAGGCCAGGGAGGGCCCCAGCAACGCAGGGGCUGAAGGUGGCUUCCAAGCACCGAUGCCACCAAUUCACCCCUGGGAAGCAGGGCUCACUUGACAUUCAGAUGGCACACCUGGGAGUACUCUCCAGAGCCACAGGCAGUUGGGGCCCACCUCUGUGCAGACAGAGGCCCAGUGUGCUCCACUUCAGAUUUCUGGGUCUCUCAGUAAUGACUCCAGGCCUUUGGCAGUGACAUGGCUGCUCAGUGGGGAAACCCCAGACCCCAGUUCUGAUGCUCAGCCAGUUACAAAUGACACAGGAGGUCCCUGCAGUCACCUGUGCAUGAUGACCAGCCUGGAGCAGCUCCGUUGGUGGAAGGUUCUGAGGGUGUCAGAGGUCUUACUCUGACUUUUGGGGAAUAUGAAGUUUUGCCGUCCUGGGCUCCCCACAACCUGUUGGCAUGUUCCCUCCAGGUGUGUCCCAAGCUCUGCCUCCGGCCAAAGCAUGAAUGGCCUCGAGGUGGUCUCCCCAAGUCUAACUGACAACUCUUCUGCGGCUGCUGAGCAAUGUGGGCAGGAGACACCGCUGGAGAACAUGCUGUUUGCCUGCUUCUACCUCCUGGAUUUCAUCCUGGCUUUUGUGGGCAAUGCCCUGGCCCUGUGGCUUUUCAUCCGGGACCGCAAGUCAGGCACCCCAGCCAAUGUGUUCCUGAUGCACCUGGCUGUGGCUGACUUGUCCUGUGUGCUGGUCCUGCCCACCCGCCUCGUCUACCACUUCUCUGGGAACCACUGGCCAUUUGGGGAAAUCCCAUGCCGACUCACCGGCUUCCUGUUCUACCUCAACAUGUAUGCCAGCAUCUACUUCCUCACCUGCAUCAGCGCUGACCGCUUCCUGGCCAUUGUGCACCCAGUCAAGUCCCUUAAGCUGCGCAGGCCUCUCUAUGCCCACCUGGCCUGUGCCUUCCUGUGGGUGGUGGUGGCUUUGGCCAUGGCCCCGCUGCUGGUGAGCACUCAGACGGUGCAGACCAACCACACGGUGGUCUGCCUGCAGCUAUACCGGGAGAAGGCCUCCCACCGCGCCCUCGCCUCCCUGGCUGUGGCCUUCACCUUCCCUUUUGUCACUACGGUCACCUGCUACCUGCUAAUCAUCCGCAGCCUGCGGCAGGGCCCCCGUGUGGAGAAGCGGCUCAAGAACAAAGCUGUCCGCAUGAUCGCCAUGGUGCUGGCUAUCUUCCUGGUCUGUUUCGUGCCCUACCACGUCCACCGCUCUGUCUACGUGCUACACUACCGCGGUGGCGGGACCUCCUGCACCGCCCAGCGUGUCCUGGCCCUAGGGAACCGAAUCACCUCCUGCCUCACCAGCCUCAACGGGGCCCUCGACCCUGUCAUGUACUUCUUCGUGGCUGAGAAGUUCCGCCACGCCUUGUGCAACUUGCUCUGUGGCAAGAGGCUCACAGGCCCACCCCCCAGCUUCGAAGGGAAGACCAACGAGAGCUCACUGAGCGCCAGGUCAGAGCUGUGAGCCGCAAGGUGCUGCCCUUGGGCUGGCCACAGGCUGUCACAGGAGGACCAGCCCCUUAGGAAGUUUGCUGCCAGACCCAGCAGGAGAAGUUCUCCUGACACCUGCUGAGCAAACAACCUGGAAUUUCAGCAGGUCCCCACUCCUCCUUCCAAGGUCACCCAAUGGGAGCUCAGUGUUCUCCCUGAAAAAGGAAAGCUGACAAUGGGGAUGGAUUGGUCACUCCUCUGAGGGCUGACCCGAUCCUGGGGACUGGGCUGACCCUGCUUACUUGCAGCUCCCAGACACUCAGUGACUUCACCCAUGCUAAGGGGGGAAGGGAGACAGAAGAAUGAUUCUGGAACAAUGAGGGUCUUUCUUUCCCGGCUAAGCUCUCAGCCUCCUUCCCUCUAUAGACAAGCACGGCAGUGAAGCCCUCAGAAAGACUCACGAGGCAGGCUGCUAGACCCCAGGUGAAGAGGCACAUGAAUCUGAAGGGAAGACUGGGGAGGUGUCUAAAUAUUUCCUUUGUAGCACAAGGUACAUACACUGAGUUCCCUUCAUGGCUCCUUUGCCAAAUGACACCUUUCUGAGUUUAGGGGAACACGGACUACAAAUGGUAAUCAAAUGCCACUGUAAAUACUUUUCACACUGGGUGCACGUGACCCCCCAGCAAACCCGACCUACGGAGUACAUUAGCUCAGCUCUGGGCGCCUGUUCCCUCCUGCUGUAAAUCCCCCACCCAAACACACACAGCUGCCCCUCGCCUGACAUGGCAUGGACGGACAGCCAUGGGUGCUUACCUCAGGCAGGGCCAGGCAUGUAAACCACUAACCAGACCCAGCAGGGACAUCCUGAACUCCACUCCCUCCCAAGAGGCCUUCACCAACCUCAGCCGGCCGAGCUCUGAGCUGUUACACGCUUUGCUCUAACACAUCCUUUUUGGUACUUGUUUGUACUGAUCAUAAAUGUAAGUGUUGCCUUAAGAUGGAGGAGGUUAUUGCGAUUACUCGAUAUGAUGCUCUCCCCAGAACUUCUCCCUUCCCCGCUCACGUUACUCAGCCUCUGGCUGCCACCCUGUGCCUAUCAUUACAGAAACACAUACUUUUCUAUAACCUUGUACUUCCCAAAGCACUUUUGGUCUCCUCCAAUUUUCCAGCCAGUCAGUGGGGCAGUAGCCAAGGUCAAGUCUUGGCUCCAGAAGGGGCCAGGACUCACUCUAGGCACACACCUGGUUGGUGACCCUACUGAUCAGCACUGAUCCCCCACCCAGUAUUGUCCCUUGACCCCUCCACUGCACUGUCUGCCCCUCACCAAGACAACAUGCUGAGGACCGGGCACUGUGCUGGUCCUGCAGACACCAGGACCGACACAAGGCCAUGUGCAUCUCUUGUGGAGUAGCAAAUUAAUGCACACAGUCAAUCGUUGCAGCCAUGACAGGAGGGACAAUAGGUGCCGUGAUAGAGAACAAGUGCUCAGGCAGGAGACGGUGUGGCAGUCCAAUGGACAGCUGGGGUGUCCGACAAGGGAGUUUGAAUGGAGAGGCAGACAUGAUCAUAAGUGGAGGAGAAACUCACAGCUCAGAUUGGGGCCCAUUGUAUUUGGAAUGCCUGGUGGCCCUCAAGAGGUGAUGGCAUUGUGGCAGCUGAGUACAACAAGGGAGAGGUCUGCGUGUGCCCGAGUGGUUCUGACAUGCCACGUAGGGGUCUGAGACCUUAGCUGCAAGGGCAGAGCACAAAGCCCCAAACAACCUGCCCCCCACCCCAGAGAAGAAGAGACUGAGCUGGUACUGGCAACCCACAGAGCUUCCUCCAGUAGAGGGAUGCUGCAGUGGGCACUGCUGGGAAGGCCCUGGCCAUGCAGAGCAGAGUGAGCAGCUGGAGUACACAGGGGGCAGGGGCUCCCCUAAGGCCAGCCUCAGACAGGUGGGAGGUGUGGAGGCAGCAGUAGGAGGAGUAGGGGCAGGGAGAAAAAAGUAAGACUUCUUGGAAGGUGCUGAUGAGGUUUACGGCCCUGGUUUAGAGUAAAUUUGAGCAACAUGGUUGGGUGAUUUCUCUCUAGCAACAAUCAGCUGUGUGAGUACAGGUGGGGGAAGAUGGUCAUCAUGGUGAGGAAAUUCCUUGAACUCAAAGCUCCUUAUCCACUGUGGCCCUCUCAUGGCUCCUGCUGGGGCACCCUGGUCCAUUCUUUCUAUUGGCUAUUGGCGAGGAGCACCCCUUGUGUCCGUCCACCCAGGCUCUCACCCUCACUCCCCGCAACCUCAGUCCUCACCUGAGCACUGGGAGUGAUACUGGCCACUUUGCAGCGUUGGAGAAGGGUCUAUAGCCAUGACUGUACAGGACGCAGAGCCUGGACACAGAGCCUGGCACUUGUGGUGAGGGGCCCUCCUCUCUGCCCCAA